GAACUUGAGCCUGGGUGGCCAGAGAGACUGCAUAAGACACACCAAGCCUCCCUCCGCCCAUCCCGAGGCAUGAGCCAAGUACUGUACAUUUCCAAGUCCAAGUCCCAACGGCUUGGUUAAGAGAUUGCCCCGGUUGAAGACGGCGUUGGUGUGUUUUCGAUGAAACCCUAGACAGCUUUGUAGAGGGCCCGAGGAAGAGAUGCUCGUAAACAGGGCAGGACAUGAACCAAGAACGAGAAGGAUCGACUCGAGGCCUCCUUCUUUUCUUUUCUCCCACGAUCUGAUCUUGUUUCCUUCCACUGUUUUCUUUUUAUCUGUUUCGACGAUUUUCUUCAUCCAUCAUCAUCCACUUGUUCUCCAUUAACUGUCACUGUUUCAUUUCCUUCUAUCCACCUUACAUCGCGCAUUGAUUGCACUUGUGUACUCUCAUUCACAGCUCGUCCCACUUGAUUCAAUAUCAACCUCAAGAUCCAUUCUUUGCCGGUUUCACUCGUUGAGUUGUCUCUUCUGUCUCCCUCCCCCCACUUGAAUUUGGUUUGAAUCUACCUGUAAGCUCCCUCGAGGGGCGGCUUUCCCGUGAUCCCCUUCCAUAUUAUCAAAAGGAUUCCAGGGCCCGGCAUUUCAUACGCUUUACCAGCCUUUGCAUUGCAUUGCUGUGCUGUCGCGUCCCUGGUUUCACCUGUUUUAUCUUGCCUCAAGUUAAACAGCAUCCCCCUUACUCCUGCUCCUAGUCUGUCGUCCAAGGUUGACACGACAGCUUCCGUUUCGUCAUGGCUACCAUGUUGAAUACAAAUUCUCUGCAACCGCCUAAAACUGGCUCAUCUCGCUGGUCGAAAGCCCUUCCGGAUGUCCCUGGUCCUGACGAUCCAAGUUUUUAUGACGAUUAUUAUGAGGAACCUUCCCCUCGUCUACCUCCCGCCAAAGAGCUUCCACCACCUCCGCCGCGCUCGACUAGUAUAGCCAACGCGAAGCCGUUACCUCCAUCACUGCCGCCGUUACAUCUGCUUGCGGUUGAUUCCCCUCCAUCUGGUCCGCCGAAAAUGGCUAUUCCACGCCGGCCCAUUGGGAAGCUGCCUGCAAACCCACCACCACUACCUCAGAAAGAGCCGCAGCAGCCAAACUCAUCACAGAUUCCCCCGUCACCUUCGGAAUCACUAUCGAGUAUUCUGUCGGCAUAUUCACGCUCGUCCGGCGAAUCCCUUGUCAGGUCGCCUUACGAAGCUAACGACAGUGUUCGUCGGAGUGAGGCAAUCUCAUCACCGAGCCACCAAGCUCCACCCGCCAACACCAACACUGGCACGUUUAUUAGUCCUUCCGCCCAGCAACAACAGCAUCAUUAUCAACAGCAACAACCGCAACAAUAUGUUGCCCAGAAGCUGCCCGCCAACCACACUCGGCCACCCCCACUUCCCUCUAAGGACACUAAAUAUCACCUUCCAGCCACGCCUGCUCCUGUUCGAAAACCAGUCCCAGAGAACAAGCUGUCUGAACUGAACUCAGCGUCGUCGCCUUCUUCCCAGCAGCAGCCUCAACCUCAGCUUUGGCGUCGUCGGUCGUCAAAGGCCGAGCGGAGCCUUGAGCUUCCCGACCUGAAGCUUGUUGCUAGCCACGGGUCGACCGCUGCAACGCAGCCAGUUGUCGCACCACCACAUGUUCAACAGCAGCUUUCUUCAAACGGACCUAAAAUUUCCACAAUACCAAACUGGCAGCCUGGCAGCACCAACCCCAUAGCUCCUGCUGGUCAGGACUCCCAAACGUCGCCAGCCGCUGAGCAGGUGCCCGACACCCCGACCAUGGGGAUCAAUAGUUCCAAACUGAACCGUCUUAAAGGGAAACUCCAUCUUCAUCGAAGGGGGAAAUCAUCGGGUGACACAAGCAAGUCUCCUUCAACGCCACGACCUGGGGCAAAUCGCCCUCCCACGCCUGAGUAUCAGAAGGAAGAUAUCAAGACCCCCGUUGUUGAUUCUUUUGUUUCGCCUUUGUCGCCCGCUUCAUCACCAGAACCCGCUGCGCAGGUGUCUCCAGAAAUUCCAACUGACGCCACAAGUAUAUUUCCUCAGGCACAAACCCAAGAACACCUAAGAAGUACUGGUAGCAUCACACGUAAGGCUGUGCAGGUCCCUAGGCUACCGAGCCCUUCGGAGGACAAGCUGGUUUCUGUAUCGCCAGAGGCGGCAUCGUUACCACCUUCGGUCACCGAUUCAAGGGGAAGUCGAGGAUCCUCUGGCAGUGACACCGCUGUUCACCAAGUCCAGCCUCCUACGGAAGUUUCAAAUCGAUUCCCACCACGACAUUCAUCCGUAAGGUCGAAUGCCCCGCCACGACAGUCAGCAGUUGAACACGAUCCGAGACUGGUGCCAUCCGAGUCUCAGGGACCCCUUUACAGAGGCAGAGAUGGUACCCUGUAUCCUGAGAUGAAGGUACUGCAGGAACCCGACCCGCGCGCGGCCUACUUCCCCAAACAGUCCGAGUCACCUAUACCGGAGGGUACCAUCUUCAAGGCGCCGCCGCUGAAAAAGUCUCAUUUCAAUUGCUACCAUGGCCAUAAGACGAUGAACCGCCGGACCAACAGAUAUUAUCCAUUGACUUGUCAAACGUGCGACAAGUCGGAUGUUGAAGAUAGAUGGACUUGCAGUUUUUGUCAUCUACGAAUAUGCGAGCACUGCGUCAAGAAGCUUAACAAUAGUGGCAAUGACCUGCGCCGACUGGUCGGCCACCCACAACUCACAUCAUAAUCGAAUCCCCACGGGCGUUGCGACGAAAUUGUCUCUUAAUAUUCUUCCAUCAUUACCAUUUUAUCUCAGCGCCACAUUAACCGCACUUAUUCAUGCUCUUUCCUUUGUUACGUAUAGAUUCUCCUCGCAGGUUUGAUCAUAGUGACACAUUGCAUGUAUUAUAUACGAAAAGGUCAUGGGAAGGUAGGCCAGGAGGAAAACAUAGACAGUAUGGGAUGAUGUCGUUUAUCGCGACCUGAACGAUACCGCAUUUGCUAGCAGCAGCAUGUUUACGAGCUCGGGGAAUAUGGGGAAGAUGAGGACAUAUUGUCCAUUUUUGUUGGUAUGAUCUGGUGAUGUCGAAAAGGAAAAUGGACUCAUGUUUGCUGCUUCGCUGAGGCAAUGUGAUACUACGGAUGUUAAUGCGCUGACCUAGAAGGGACAGCUUGAUUAGCUACUUAUCAAUGAUGAAAAAAUACCUCGAUAUAAGAAAUGAAUUGCCGAAGAUACAGGCCCAGACUCAACUCGACGAGUAUUUAGACUGAUAUGAAUGUGUAAUGUUG